AUGAGUUCAAUAUCUAGAACACUUAAAACAACGCAAAGCUCUGAACUUUGUACGGUUGCUGCAGGAUGCUUUUGGGGCGUGGAACACAUGUACCGUAAGCAUCUCAACGAUCGGAUUAUUGACGCCAAGGUAGGCUUCGCUAACGGUACAACCACCAAACCCAGCUACAAGGAUGUAUGCAAUGGAGAUACAGGACACGCAGAGUCUUUACAAAUAUCGUUCGAACCUUCCAAGAUCAGCUACAAAGAAUUGGUGGAGUUUUUCUUCCUAAUUCAUGAUCCGACUACGCUCAACUCCCAGGGUCCAGACACUGGUCUGCAAUAUAGAUCAGCUAUUUUCACCCACGACAAUGCACAAACUCAGAUAGCCAAGCAGGUGAGACAGGAAAUGCAGAAAAAAUGGUAUCCCCACGACAAUGUUCUGACUUCGAUCGAGCCUAUCAAGUGUUUCUAUGAUGCUGAGGAUUAUCACCAAAAAUACUUAUUUAAGAAUCCAGCUGGAUAUCAAUGUCCAACACAUUUCUUAAGAACAAGUCCGAAAUAA